GCAGCAUCCGUCGACGCGUCGCGACGUCUGCGGAUGCGCACUCGUAGUUCGUAAGUGAUGGUCAGCUGUGUACGGGAGACGUCGAGAAAUGCGCCUUAGGCAUGUAACUCUGGCUUGCAGAGAUACCCAAAGGCCGCACAAUGUUCGCGUACGGUUUCGAGAUCACAUAGACCUGUAAUAUGCCUGUGCCUAGUGCGAGUUCACGGUGAAAAUCUGGCGUGAACGGUGGCUCGGAGACAUGGCGUCGGUGGCGGGCUCGACCGAACAGCCGCCCGCCGCGCACGGGCACAGCUUCUGCAAGAAGACCUUCCACAAGCCCACGUACUGCCACCACUGCAGCGACAUGCUCUGGGGCCUCAUCCAGCAGGGCUUCAUCUGCGAAGUGUGUAACUUCGUGGUGCAUGAUCGCUGCUUCAAGACUGUGGUGUCCCCGUGUUCCAGCAUUGCCGCCAGCCUUAUCAAGAAUCCGGUAGCCCACUGUUGGUCAGAACCGUUCCAUCAUAAGCGAAAAUUUUGUAAUGUGUGUAGGAAAAGGCUAGAUGAUAGCGUAUCCAUCCACUGUGAGAUUUGCGAGUACUUCGUACACACCGAAUGUCAGGAUUUCGCCGUUGCUGAUUGCAAGGAAAACGCUACAUAUCUUCCGGGAAAGCAAUUGUCGAACGUACACCACCAGCACCACUGGCGAGAGGGCAAUCUGCCAAGCAACUCAAAAUGCGCUCUCUGCAAGAAAACCUGCUGGACGACGGAAUGCUUGUCGGGAUAUCGGUGCGAAUGGUGCGGCAUGACUUGUCAUGCGACAUGCCAUGUCAAUAUAACAUCCGAAUGCACGUUCGGGGUGCUGGAACCGAUUUACCUGCCACCGCAUGCCGUCAGCAUUCCAAGGACCGAAGUACCCAUGGAGGCUAUCAUCGGUGUACAAGUUCGACGCAAGGAUGUCACCAUGUCUCUCAUCAGUGGCGAUAGUGAUAGACGGACUGCUUUUUCGAGUGUCUUGAAGCGUCUUUCUGUUGUUUUGCCAUCCUCAUGUCAGGGCAAAUGCCAGCCCUCACCCCCUUAUGUUCGAGCGAGGAGCAUUUCGGAAGAGUUCAGCAGUGGAGAUGCUGGACGUUACAGGGAUUCGGAGGAAUACAGCCAGUCUCAUACACCGGGACGCGACAGCAGACAGGACAAAACCAACAAGGAUAAGGAGGAUAGGGAUGAGGAGGUGAUCAAAGUCUAUGAUGGGAAUAACUCAUUGAGAAGAAGGAUCUUCCGGACCAUUGUGGUAUCACGACAGGCACCAUUGAAGCAAGUGUUAACACAAGCUUUACGGGCGUUUCAUAUCACAAAAGAUCCAAGUUCAUUCCAUCUGACAGAUCUCUAUUCUCCAGAGGAGGCAGUUUUGCAAGAUCCAACACCGGUGAUGAAUCUUCAUAGGAAAGAAGGGAAAAGGCCCGCAGUUUUCCUCCGAUUCAAGGAUCGGGACAACGACAAGGGUGAAGUACGUGUCUACCCUGGCAAGUUACAGGUAUCCCAGGCAUUCUGCACCGUGCCUGUGGAUUCCAAUACAUCGGUUGGUGAUCUCAUACGCGAAGCUCUCAAACGUUUCGGCCUCGAGGAUUAUAACUGCGAGGACUACCGUUGUAGCGAAGUGCUACUGGAUCGUGGAGUCACUGAGCGUGUUUUAUCAUGGAACGAGAGGCCGUGGGAAAUAAUGAAACAAUUAGGGAAAGACAGCAUCAGACAGAUGGAGCUCAUGAGGUUUUAUUUGCAGUUAAAACAAGACCCACAUGGACCAAAUGUAGCAUUAUUUGUGGGCAAUUUGCCUCCGAAUCUCUCCGAAAGGAACUACGAGAAUAUACUAACGGAGUUUUUAGGGAAAGAAAACAAAUUUUCUAAAAUUGGUCCAAUCUAUUACGAAUACGGGUCUAUGGUUAUAACGUACGAGGAUUCCGAUAAGGCUGUCAGAGCAUUAUACACUUUACGAGAAUCAAAAUUCGAGGACAAACACUUACUUGUGAUGUUGUUGCCAAACAUUGAACCCUCAAUGACUCCAAGCGGCGUGCAACCGCUCCUGGUCUUCGUCAAUGUUAAAUCCGGGGGCUGUCAAGGCCUCGAACUCAUAUCCAGUUUUCGAAAGCUUCUGAACCCGUACCAAGUCUUCGAUUUAGACAACGGCGGUCCUUUGCCAGGCUUGUACGUAUUCAGAAACAUUCAAAACUACAAAAUUCUGGUUUGUGGUGGUGACGGAACCAUCGGUUGGGUUCUCCAGUGUUUGGACAAUGUCGGACAGGACUCUCAGUGUUCUUCUCCGGCUUGUGCCAUUGUUCCACUGGGAACAGGGAACGAUUUGGCGAGGGUGCUCAGAUGGGGGCCUGGAUAUACAGGAGGUGAAGACCCGUUAAAUCUUUUACGGGAUGUUAUUGACGCGGAGGAAAUACGCUUGGAUCGAUGGACGGUGGUGUUCCAUCCAGAGGAUAAACCCGAUGACAGCGUUAAGCAGGUCAACUCCACCGGUAAGAAGAGGCAAAAACUGUCCAAAAUGAAAGUGACCAAUGAGCAAAUUAGAAAAGCAGUUGUAGCAGGUUCGACGAGCGAAGACAACUCUCAAAUCUUCGUAAUGAACAAUUAUUUCGGGAUCGGCAUCGACGCAGACUUGUGUCUGGAUUUUCACAACGCACGUGAAGAGAAUCCCAACAAAUUCAACAGUCGUUUGCACAACAAGAGCGUCUAUGUCAAAAUGGGGCUGCGCAAAAUGGUGGGGCCAAAAAUGUGCAAGGACUUGCACAAAGAAGUACGCUUAGAAGUCGACGGAAAGCAUGUGGAACUACCUCAAGUGGAAGGCAUCAUCAUACUUAAUAUACUAAGUUGGGGCUCCGGAGCCAAUCCGUGGGGUCCGGAGAAGGAAGACCAGUUUUCGAAACCCAAUCAUUGGGAUGGAAUGUUGGAAGUAGUUGGAGUUACUGGAGUGGUACACUUGGGGCAGAUCCAGUCAGGACUAAGAUCGGCCAUGAGGAUUGCACAAGGUGGUCAUAUAAAAAUUCAUCUUCAUUCAGACAUUCCAGUCCAAGUGGAUGGUGAACCAUGGGUGCAAAGCCCUUGUGAUGUCGUUGUGCUCAAGUCUGCUCUCAAGGCCACCAUGCUGAAGAAGAUGAAGGGCAAAAUGAAGCGGCGCAACACCGAACCCACCAUGCUUGUCUCACCGGGGGCCCAGCUGGCGCCCCUUCCUUCCAACGACGGGGAGUCGCCCACGGACCCCACAAACACCACCUUCUAAGUGUUUUGCUUUCGCCUUUAUUUGACUGUUUUACCCAGGGCAUGGGCGUUCGUUCUUUAGUUGCAUUUACGAAACGUAUUACAUAAAAUGUAACAAACAAAACGGUAAACUGUAAUAAUUAUUACGUUAUAGUAUGGUAUUUUACCAAUCUGUGGUGAAUUCAUCUCAUUAGAGUCGCGUUGAGUUGACUUAAUUUAAAUAGUUUAUUUACGAGUACAAGUCAUGUACUUGACCUGUUGUAGUUUUUUAAAGUUUAUUUAACGAGAAACCUGAUUGAAGUAAAGAGCGAUCGAAGCGUAGCGUUGCGGCACGUUUCGUGAGCUCUCGUGCAAAACCAGCUGCACUUGAAGUGAGCAAUACUCACACAAAACUUGAUAUAUGUCCCUGAUCGGUCAAGUCACUGGAAGGCACCUCCCGGUUACGGUCCGUGUUUCCACAAAGGGACGACUUACCGAGUGACUGAACAAGUGAAGUGCACCGAGUGAGCAGGCGUUCGAUUGGUUAUCCGGGGGGUUUGUUCCACCACUGGCCGAUCGCCUUUGAGGCAAAGUAGGCUACGCAAUUCUAGUCACCCUCUCCCUUGUCGGAAGUCGCCAGUAAGGCGGCAGGAAAGUUGGUCCAGCUGGCAGCGUUAGGUCUCUCUAUCCAGGAAGCGACACUUUAACGCCGUCGUUAAUCUGCCGCGUCGCAAGGGGCUCAGUUUUUCACGGGUGGCUGCCUGGGGUGUGGCCCGUGAUUAAUAUGCGUCGGAGGCAGAUUUUCGAAACGAUAGUACCGUAAUUUAGCUAUUAUCUUAUUACUAAAUUGAUGUGCUAUGUUUGUAAUUAUAUUUCCCCAACGUAUGUAAUUAAUAGAUAUGGUCAGAACCGUUCAGUCUGUUCCAUCUAUUUGGAAAAACUUCAGCUCGGAUACGGACAUGAGAAUGAUCCAAAGGUCGAGAUACAGUGCGUUUUGGUUAUCUGAUCUGGAUAUUCCACAAGUGCGUGUGAACUGAGGCUUUUCUGCUACAUAUAAGAUAUGAAAUAUAUGUAUAUGUGAUUAUAGAUAUAUUAAAAAUUGUGAAAUAUAGAAAUAUUAAAUGUAA